AUGGAUUCCAUUACUGGAAGAGUGAAAGAGAUUAUAAGCAAUCGCUUGCAGGCUAUUGCGAAAGAGAUUAAGCAUUUAACUAGUGUGCCCAACGAUGCCCAGCACCUCCGCGUGGAAAUAGAUCAUGUGAAGGGUAUAGUCGAUCAUAUUAACAGUCGGCUAAGUUGGAAAGGUCGACAGCCUUUGGCAGUGGUGAGUCUUUGGGUGAGCACACAAGAGCAAAUCGUCCAAUCUGCUGAAGAGGUGUUUCUCCAGCACGUAGAAAACAAGCACCGUCGCUUGUGUUGUUGCUGCCCUCACUGUUUCCUUGUCAAAAGAUCCUGUCGAAAGAUCCGUAAUGCUCUAGCGGAAAUAGAUGAGCUUCUGAAGAUGAAAGAUUCAGAUUUUCCUAAGAAUGGAGACCUGGAAGAGCCUCCGGAGACGCUGAUGCCGCCCGUGGGGAAGGAGCUGGUUGGCGCAUUUGUUCAGGAGAAGCUGUCGGAGCUGGAGACGUGGGUGCUGGAAGAUGACUCUGUUCGUGUGGUUGGCGUCUAUGGAAUGCCCGGCUUGGGAAAGACGUCCUUGCUCAAACAAAUCAACAACAAUGUAAAGGUAAUCAAUUUCUUUAAGCUUGUGAUUUGGGUUACUGUGUCUGGAGAAUCCGAUGUCUCCGCGCUCCAGAAGCGUAUUUUUGAGACAAUUGAGUUGCCUUGGCGAUCCAAUUUGAGUAUUGACGAAGCUGCAGGGGUCUUGCUUUCGGUUUUCAAGGAGAGGCGACUGCUGCUCAUUUUGGACGAUGUGCGGAGAAGCAUAGAUGUUUCUAAUUUGGGAAUUUCUGUUUCUGACAAUACGACAAAAGUCGUACUUACGUCCAGGGAUAAAGUGGUGUGCAGUAGCAUGAGAGCAGACAAGAUGAUCGCAAUGAAGCAUCUGACGGAGGAAGAAGGUUGGGAGCUUUUCUGCAGAGGAGCCUUCGUAGCUGGCGAGGAUCAGAAUAUGGAUAGCGAGAUAGAACAAUUGGCCAGAUCCGUCGCAAAGGAGUGUAAAGGGCAUCCCCUGGCCAUUAAAACCCUUGCUCGGACAACGCCGCAGCUUCACAGCACCGCCCAGUCGGCAUGGGAAAACAUUCUGAAGGAGCUAAAGGAGAUUGAACCCCAGUUUCAUCGCAUUCACGAAGAGAUUCUGAGCGAAUUGUUCAAGCCACUGAAGCACAGCUACGAUGCUCUGGAAACAGAUGAACUCAGGCUUUGUUUCCUGUACUUGGCAGCUUAUAGAGAACACGAAGAAAUCGACGCGGAUCAAUUGAUACAGUUGUGGUUGGCAGAGGGUCUAGUGAAAAGCAGAUUUGAAGGGCGCUACGUUUUUCUCAAGAUCUUGGCGGACCGAUGUUUGGUCGACAUUGAGGUUAAAGAGGAAAACGGCCAUGAUAUUUGGAAAGUGAAAAUCCAUGAUUUGCUCAGAGAUAUGGCGGUACACAUCGCUGAGAUCGACCAGAAAAGCUUGUUCCGUGCAGGUCAGAGUUUAAAAGAGUUUCCGCACUCUUUAUUUGCAAAUCCACAAUGGGUGAGGAUAUCAUUGAGCCAUAAACGUAUCAGUUUUCUGCCUGACAAAUUUGUUUGCAGGAAGCUAGUGACUCUGUUGCUAAACUCGAAUACAAUUGAAGAGGUUCCGGAGGGCUUCCUGGAUAAGCUGGAUAUGUUAAUGGUGCUUGAUCUCAGCAACACGCCCAUCAAAUUCUUGCCAAAGUCCAUCUACCUUUUGAAUAAUCUACGAUAUCUCCAGCUUUCCAAUACCCAGAUUAGGUUUAAAGUACUUCCAUGCGGACUUGAUAAUCUCAAGUCUCUCAAACAGAUCAAAGGAUAUAAGGAAUGGUGGAAUGAAAUUAGCUGGGAAGAUGAAGUGAUGAAGAACCAUCUUUAUGUUAAGUAUGUAGAAAUUGUGCAAAUCCAUGAUAAUUGUCAUGUUUAA